GUAUAGCGUUGGAGCUCAUAUUGCGGGUCUGACUUCAAAUUUCAUCAAGUCGGGAAAAAUCGGUCGGAUCACCGGUUUGGACCCGACCAUUAUAUUCUAUAUGAGCAACAACCGGUCCAGGGAUCUCGACCCGACGGACGCACAUUUUGUGGACAUCAUACAUACUGCGGCCGGGAUCUUAGGCCAGUGGGGGCCCAGCGGCCACGCCGAUUUCUACGUGAACGGCGGUACUUCACAGCCCGGUUGUGCCAGCGACAGCAUUAUACAAACGCUGUCGUGCGAUCACACCAAGGUGACGCCGUACUUCAUCGAAUCGAUUAACUCCAACAUCGGGUUCUGGGCUUUGCCGUGCUCCAACCGAUUCUAUUUCAAUUUAGGUCUAUGCAACCCGCCGGAGUCUGAGUACGUGUUGAUGGGCGAACACGUCACGCACAAAGCUCGAGGCAUUUAUUAUUUAAACACGAACGCGAAGAAACCGUACGCCAAAGGGUUUGUCAAGCCCAAGUAGAGACUGUCGGCAGCCACACGUCUCGUCGACACCAGACGAUUGGCUACUCGCGACUGGCCUAGUCAAAAUAUUGUUCUUAUGUGAUAGCAUUUCAUAAUAUUGUUCACCUACAAUAUUGAUGCGUAUUUAUUAUCGAUCCUAAUGCUCUCGGUAUAAUUUUAUUUGUACAGAAACACGAAUGUACAUAAUAUACAUUAUUCAUUAUAGUAUUAACUAUUAGUCGUGUAA